CACACAAGGUGCAUAUAAUCUAACACAAAACUGGUAACUAAUCCUAUACCCAGAUCAUUUAGGGGGGAGGCUGACAGUUGGUGCUGUUGAUAGCCUUGCCUACCAAAUUGCUCAUCUGUCCUGAGCUCUGCUGAUAUUUCAGGAUAAGCCACCUUCCCAUUAAUGUACUGGCCUUUUUGAGUGCACCUCUCACACCCAUAAUAGCCUGUAUGGCCUUUGGAGCAUUUAAGAAAGGCACGAGCAGGUGCAUCACAAAUAAAAGUAUCGGGUAAUGGUACCCUGAAAUGUACACCAUUGUACACAAUACCACUCUGAGAAACGGCUUUCAUAUCUACAAUGAAUUCUUGUAAAUACUCUUGCACAUUUGCGGGUUUGGACGCACCUGAGUACACUCCAAUUACAAAGACACUACACUCUGGAAUUUCCUUAAUCAUACCCAGAAUAGGCCACAGACUCAUACUGGAGCUACGGAAUAAGGGCAAUCCAUCGAUGUUAAUUCGAAGUGUGAGAGUAUCAGUCACAUUUGCUAAAUGCCCUAAAGAUGUUAGUUCAGCUAUGAGAGCAUUUUCGAUUCCAAAGUGGUAGUAGGACCCCCCAGCCAUAUUCGCCACAUUGCAAGAUCUGUCAGUGGACAUAAGAGUUCUGCCAUCCAUUGGGAUAUCAAGGCCCUUUCUCCUUAGGAUUUUAAGAAGUGCAGACAGCGCUGUUUGUGGUAUGUUGAAUUCUGCAGCCCACUCUGCAAGCCCACUCGAAUCAUCAUCAUUAUCAUCUUCCAAGUCAGAACAUUAAUCUCCAUGCAAAUCACAGUCACUAUCACAACCAGGCAUAUCACCUGGCACCCAGUUUUCAAAAUCCAAAUCAUCAAAUGAGGAAAUGUUAAAAUCAUAAAAAGAAUCUGAGGAAUUUUCAUCUUCUAAAUCAUUUGAUGAAUUCUCAAAACAGUUCUGAUCACAAGCAUCAUAGAAAGUGUCCGUGGAAUCUUCGCUUUCAGUAUGCUCUAACAAAUCAUCCAGUGGGUAUUCCUUUUCAGAAUUAUGUGUCAACAAAUCAUCAAUCAUAGACUCCUUUUAAAGGAGACGCAAAUGUUCCUCCACUUUCGCUGAUAUUUUCCUCCUUUUAGUUCUUUCUGAACACUCCAUUAUUUCUAUAAAAAAUAGAAAAAAAAAAAAAAAAGCAUUUUAGUUUUUAGCUAUGAUUACAGGGGAUCGGGAAUGACAAACUGUUACAAUUGCAAAUCAUAUAGUUUGGUGAAGCAUGUAUUAAUGUGGCUGAUUUUACCAACUGUUCUUAUAGUAGCCUUCAAUUUGAUCAGUACACUAUUUGAAAGAUAGCAUUAAUCUCUGUUAAGGCCUAACCUUUUACUAUCGUGUGUCAAUUUAUUUCGAUUAAUAUGCGCGAGGGAGAGAGCGCAAGACAGCGCUCACGUUGUUUGAAGACGGUGAGCGAGCGAGCGUGCGCGCAUGCGCGCGCGACCGGGUGGGGCUCUCUCUCUCUGCUCGUUCUUAUAUUCGCCCAGGCACACAGCAGUCAUUCACCGAUAAAAUAAUUUGGCGGCCGCGAAAAAAAAUGCAGGAAAACCCCUGCAUCAGUCGGCCUAUGUAGCUAAGGUGCAUGGCAAUAUGGACCUUUGGAAAACACUGUAGAUUAAUCCACAAUAUUAAACGACGCAUUAAACAAUUCACACGUCGGCUUAAUGUAACAGACAAAUAAACAUAUUUAUGUAGAUAAAUGAGUCCCUUACUAUGGAAAACCCUUCCACGUCGCUAUUUGUUCCAUUUAAGAGGUGAAUUCGUAGUGCAGCAGUUAAACUCCGCUUCUCUGUGUGCUCCCUGGCGGGAGUAUUGGCACACCCUAGCCGAUAAAACAUUGCUGACAUUCAAAUGGACUUUCAUCAGUGUUUUUGCUUUAACGUUAACUGUAAAUGCAACAAGUGCAAACAUUAAAACGUCACCAGCUGGUAAAAGCGGAGAAAUGGGCAUUUUACAGCUUUUUUUUUAACAGCUUGCUAUUAACUAUGCCUGUUCGACUGCCUUUGCUAACAAGUUCACAACCAAAUUCUUCUAAAUAUAUUCAAGUCAACCACUCAAAAUAAGCUCAAAAUAUGCAUGAUAUUGACUUAAUAAAUUAAACUCGUCUGUUCAACGCGCAGCUUUAACCAGGUUUAAUUAACGUUACCAAAGCUACACAGCUACCUCACUGGUUUACAUUCGCUAAAAGCUAGUUCCAGACCUCUUAACUAAUACUUUCCAAAAAAGCUUUUGGUUAACAUACAUCAUACGGUAAAAUCAUCCCGUUUAUUAUACAUUGAGUUAGAUUCGUAUCUGUCUUUUGUCCACACGACACUGUAAUGGAUCCUUAACGGACAUCAGACUCAAAGGCGGCAAAGUUGUUGCUGGGCAAACUUCUUUCACUCGAUGAUGGGGGUGGAGCUUUCCAGAUGUGCGCGCACUGCUUACUUUAGGGUUUGAACCAUAUUUUAAUAUUUUGUGAGGAAACCUGCUGUGGCAAACUUGUCUGUUGAAAGUCAUAUAGUGCUUAAGACCACUAUUAAAUUGCUAUGGCUUCUAAAUAGCUUAAUAGUCUAAUAAAAUUCGUAUAAAAAGUGGACCUAGCCCAGUGGCUAUUGUUAAAAAUAGCAUACAUGUCUGACAUAAUCAAUUUUGAAUAUAUUAUAUAUGAAAACUUAGGUAAUAUCUUAGGAGUGGAGCCCAGCUGGAGCCCACUUAAUUUAGCCCAUCUACUGCCCAUGUGGGGCCCAACAACAAAGCCCACUCUGAGCCCAUGCCCAGCCAAAGCCCAACUAGCCCAAGUGAGGCCCAUGUGGGCCCCAAGUGGACGUGUUUGCAGGGUUUUGAUCAAGGUGUAGCUUAUGGCCCAUACAUUCGGCAUGAUAAGGGACAGGGUUAAGAUUACGAGCACCCUAGACAAGGGGAAAAAAUUUGAUUAUUGCAGGUUUCCAUCUUGGUCCCAUAGCUCAGGUAUUUACAGAAUGUUAAUCCCGGACCUCCCAUAAGCAUUGGGACCCCCCCAUAACACCCCAAAAAAUAUACUUGGGGGGGUUUCCCUCAUGGUUUUUCAAUAAAACUAUAAUACUUGAAACAGAUUAUAAGAGGAGUUAUGAAUGCUUAACUAAGACUAACUGUGCUCAAUUAGAGUGUGUUCUUUCACUGCAUGAUUCAGUCUAAUAAAAUGCAUUUAGAAUGCUGCCAAAAUUCAAGAUAUGGGUGUAGAAAAUGUAUAUAUUUAGACUAUAUCAUUUCAUAUAGUUAAUCAAUAUCACACUAAGAGUGACAUUUUUCACAAAAAUCACAAAUGUGAUACUGAUUUUAGCCUAUACAACAGUUCAAUAAACAAGAAGUUAAUAUUAAUAGACACCUUAUUGCCUAUUUUGGCUUUAUUUCACCUACAAAAAUGGUUCCAAACACAGCCACAGUACUGUUUUGCAUCUCUGAGCAACAUGAUGGUGUUUCGUUCCUGAAUGAAUCAACCGUUUAAAUGAUUCGGUUCAAUCGCAAUGACUCACUAAUUAACAGUUACUUGCUACCACCUACUGGCAGUUUUAAUUUCACAUUUAAAGUACCUUUUCACUUAAAAAAAAAAAAAAAAAAAAUUCAAAUAUCAGUAUCAAUGUUUUAGGAUUAAAAUAUCAAAACAUUAUUUAUGCAGUUGUAAACUGCAGGUUAAAUGCAUUCAUGUCCUACAGUGUGUGUGUAAAUAAUCUAAACGCCUCUUCAGAUGCAGCUUCUGUGUUUCCUCUGCAUUGCAAAGAUGAAUUUAGUUGAUAAUGAUUUUAUUUGUUUGGUAACAGCCCCAAAUGUCUUAUUAUUCUAAUUGACUUUAUUGAUUAAAUAUAAGAAUUUGACACAAAAGUUAAUGCACAUUUAUAGAAAAAAAGGCUUUAUAAAAGGUAAAAAUCACUUUAAACUUGUUGAAAAAUAUUAAUUUCUGUUGCUGCUGUGAACUGACCACACAGAAUAUGAAGAACAUCAAAAACUUUAGGAGUUAGCUGCCCACACCAGUCCUGCAAAUAAUAUGAUUAUCGUUAUCGAUACAAUCCCAGAAAUUAUAGAGAUAUCAUAUUUUGUCUAUAUCGCACACCCCUAGGCUAGAUAUUUAAUUAUUGUUGGUGCACACAAUUGACUGAUCAUCAUAAAAUAAGCUUUUAUCUUAGAAUUAGGUUAUUUUCUCAACAAUAAAGAGGACAAGACCAAAACAUAUGAAUUUUAUUUAUAUAAGGUUUUAAUUAUUUCUUUCUUUCUUUCUGUAUGUAUUUAUGUUAUUUUUAUUUUACUUUUUUUUGAAGGGGACGUGGGGUGGGGUGUCUGGUUAUUACAAUGUUAAGCUUUUCUCGGUUCAUUCCAUGUUUUAUAGGCAACCUCUGUCAUACUAAUUAAGAUUAGCACAGUUGGUUUUAAAUUAAUCCGGUUUAUUUUAGUUUAGGACUCCAUAGUCAUUUUCAGAAAGCCAUUUUAAAAGCAUGAUUAACUAUUCUAGAUUAAGUCUACUCCUGGCUUAAUUUAAACCCUGCCCGGGAAACCACUCCAUUGUGUUUUAAUUCAUACACAUUAAUUCUGCAUAAUGAACUCGCAAUCUUUUUAACAUGUUUGUUUUCAUGACUUUUUUUUUUGUUACUAUUUAAAUUAUCUGGUAAAAAUAGUACAUUUCUAUGCCCUUUUGUGAUUAUAGACAGCAAAGUGUGAACGGGACUUUUAUUUUGGUUUGGAGAUAUUAUGUCAUAAGGCUGCGACGCGCUCCGGCGUGUGUUGUGAUUCGGCUGAAGGAAGGUUUGUGUUUUAAGAAUUUGUUUAUGUUUAAAUCCAUAGAAACCGUUCAGUGUUUUAAAGUAAAAUCACAGAAAAACUCCUGCUGAAGCAAUUUAAAUUCACGUUACACACUGUUAUAAAGAUGACAUUUAUUAAAGAGGAGAGUGAAGACAUAAAGAUUGAAGAAGAAUUCAGAGUCAAACAAGAAGAUACUGAGGAACAAACAGACCUGAUAGUGCUGAAAAAUGAGAUUGAAGUGCUUAUUGAAAUGGAAGAAGAAGAUCAAUAUAAGAAUCAUGAUUUCAUAACAGAAGAAAAAACUUUUAGUUGCUCCCAGGCUGAAAAGACUUCCCCACGGAAAAGGGCUAAAAAGUCAGGAAUUAAAGGUAAUUUCACCUGGCAACAGUUUGAAACCAAAUGAAAAGCUUAAGGUCCAUAAGAGAGUUCACUCUGGAGAGAAGCCUCGUACCUGCCAACACUGUGGAAAGCGCUUAUCUAAAAAAGAAAGCCUUAAAAGACACAUGAGAGUUCACACUGGAGAGAAGCCUUACACGUGCCAUCAGUGUGGAAGGAGAUUCGGUUUUAAAGGAAACCUUAAAGUUCACAUGAGAGUUCACACUGGAGAGUGCCCUUUCAUCUGCCAACAGUGUGGAAACAGAUUCACUCUUAAGGGGAGCCUUAAAAAGCACAUGAGAGUUCACACUGGAGAGAAACCUUACACAUGCUCUCAAUGUGGAAAGACGUUUGCCCAAAAAGUAACUCUUAGCAGACACAUGAGAGUACACAAUGGAGAGAAGCCUUACACAUGCCUUCAGUGUGGAAGGAGUUUCACUCAAAUUGGAAAUCUUAAAGUCCACAUGAGCGUUCACACUGGAGAUAAGCCUUUCACCUGCCAACAGUGUGGAAGAAGUUUCUGCCAUAAAGGAAACCUUAAUUCCCACAUGACAGUUCAUUCUGGAGAGAGCCUUUUCACCUGCAAACAAUGUGGAAUAAGUUUCACUCAAAAAGGAAGCUUUAACAGACACAUUAUAAUUCACACUAGAGAGAAGCAUUUUACCUGCCAACAGUGUGGAAGGAGUUUUGAUCAACAUGAAAACUUUAAAGCCCACAUGAGACUUCACUCUGGAGAGAAAUCCUACAUGUGCACUCAGUGUGGAAAGAGUUUCAGUCAAAAAGGACCCUUUAAAUACCACAUGAGAAUUCACUCUGUAGAGACGUCCUACACAUGCCCUCAGUGUGGAAAGAGUUUCAGUCAAAAACGACACUUUAAAGACCACAUAAGAAUUCACACUGGAGAGAAACCAUUCACAUGCCAACAAUGUGGAAAAAGUUUAAACCGAAAAGGAACUCUUAACAGGCACAUGAGAGUUCACACUGGAGAGAAGCCAUUUACAUGUGGUCACUGUGGAAAAAGUUAUAGAUAUAAAACAGCCCUUAAGUACCACAUGAGAAGUCAUGUAUGAGAGAACUGUGUUUGUAUGUUGUGUGGAAUUAAUUUCAGACAGGAAACACCAUUUCACAGACUGGAAAUGUUUGAGAGACUGUAUAAUGUGCUGAUUAUUGUUUCAAUAUUAAAUCACCCUUAGAGUGCUAAAUUCCCUAUAAAGGUCCAGUGACUAUGAGAGGAGUAAAGAAGCCAUGAAUUAGAUUCAUUGUAUUGAUUAGUCAAAUGAAGAAUGAACUAGUUACAAUUUUACAUGUCAACUGAAGUAUAAAUCCGUGUCAAAUAAAAUGCAUAAAACAGUGUAGGCGUGCACAAUAUAAUAAACAAAAUCGGAAAACAGGCUUAUGAUUCAAACAUACAGAGACCUAGAGAUCUGGCAAUAGCUGUUUUUCCACUGUUAGGCCAGUGCAAGCCAGGGCUUUCAACAGGCCCGGCGGGGCUACUAGCCUAGGACCAGUAGCACAGAGCCCAAAAUCACACUGCGUUUCCACUCCGGUGCCAGAAGCUUCACAGCACUUCACUAAAACCUGCCCUUAACACACCUCUCUAGAACAACGUCACACAACUCCAUUUCACCAACAAAGGGAAGUUUUAUCAGUCCGGAAACUAGCGAGAAUGCAAAAUGAACAUGAUAAAUGUUUGACUUUAUUACUUAAAGAUUUAUAAUCCAAUGUUUUACCAUAGUUUUAAAAUAAAAAAAAAUGAUACAUUCAUAAUUAAUCUAUGUUAGGAUUGCAGAGUAAUCAUACAGAAAUAAAAGUGGAUUUUACCAUUAUUUCACACAAAAGGAUUGGGAUUCCCCCUUCUAAUGAACAGAUUUGACUACUUUAGUAGUUUAGUAGUAAUCUUAAUGUUUAAGCAUAUAAUGAUAUUCUAGGGAAUUGUGUGCUUCUAAUUUUAUAGCAACGGUUUGGACAACUGUUUAAAACGGCAACUUCCAGGCUUGGGAAAAGUUUUGGAAAAAUAAAUGAUCCCAGAAAGUUUUGGAAAAGUCAUGGAAAUUUUUUUACAAAUCUCUGUAUAACACGAUAUGUUUAAUCAGGUCUUGAAUUUCGGUGUGAGAUUGCACAUAUAUCACAUAGUUUUACUCAUUCCCACAGCUUUGCGAGUUUAAAAUUAGGGAAAUUCCUGCACACAUUUAUUCAAUAUAGCUUCUGGCUUCUCAUUGGCUCAUCUUGUGUGCUCUAUAAGAGCUACGGCACGCUGCGAUACAAGACUUUCACUGUCGUUUCUGGACAGAUGACAGAACUAAUUGGGUCAUGUUGCAUCGUCACAAAAAUGUAUAAUUUGCACCUCUUUAAAUACUUUUUAAGCCAUUCGGUACUCGUGCGUUUCCAAGGGGCCUUUCUAUUUUUCAGUUUGUUGCACUUAAGUGGCCAAAUUCACACAAAAUUACGCCAAAAUGGCCAUCCUGGUGAGUAUCCUCAUGAACGCAAUUGGUUUUGUCUUGCGUGAAUGUAAACAGUUGAGAAAGAAAACGUGUAUCCGUGCAUUGUCUUGUGACAGGAGCCUGACACCAUGUCCUAACUACACGCGACGCCAUGACACAAGAUAAAAUGUAUCUUUUCCAUGUUAAUCAGAGGUUUUGUCCUAACUAAUAAUAAAUCAGCAUAUUAGAAUGAUUUCUGAAGGAUCAUGUGACACUGAAGACUGGAGUAAUGAUGCUGAAAAUUCAGCGCUGCGUUAUAGAAACCAAUACUAGAAAUUGCAAUAAGAUUUCACAAUAUUACUGUUUUUUUCCCCCCUGUAUUUUUGAUCAAAUAAAUACAGCCUUGAUGAGCAGAAGAGACUCCCUUAAAAAAAAACAUUAAAAAUCUUACUGAUCCCAAACUGUUGAGCGGCAGUGUCUGCAUGUCAUGUGCAGUGCUCGGUAAUUUCUUGUGUGUAUUUGUUAUAUUGCUGCUGCAUCAUUUUUAUUACAACUAAAAUGAGUGAGUAGUUUUUCUUUCUUUCUUUCUGUCUUUUUUGCGUUUUGGGCUGCUGUGUUUGCAUUAAGUAAUUUAGUAAAUAUGGCAGUGUUUUAGUGCCAUAAUAUUUUUUUAGAAUAAAGUCAAGAUUACGAGAUUAAAGUUGAUUAACGUGGAAAUUCCACCUACCCCCUAAGGGUCUGUGCCGGUUAACAGACUGAUUUAUGAAAAUAAUAAAGCGAUGUUGGCAAAAUUAUGUUGUCGCCGUUUUUGAGGUAAAUAUAAAUAACAUGACUAUUAGGCCUACAUGAGACAUUAAUUUUAUUUCGUUUUUUAAGUUGUUCUGAUUAUUUCUGAUAUUCAUGUAUAUCUGGUGCUGGAACUAGUAGAAAUAAGGAAAAGGAUGAUUGAUUGACAAUCUGCUUGAACUGAGGAGAAUACAGUGGGGGCUGCAAGUGUUUUUGCAUAUGGGCCCGGGACAGAAUUGCUACGCCACUGCUUUUAUGUCUAUAUCUAUAUGUCAGUGUGUUUGUGUAAUAUGUAACAAUUGUGAAGUGUGAACAAUGGCUGCAGUGAACAGAGGCUCAAAGGUACUUUUUUUUUUUUACAGUUAAAGGGUAUGUAUGUUUUUCAAAAACGCUUUAGAAAACUGGGUCGGGCACAGUAACCAAAACAAAUUUGUAGCCAAUCAGCAGUAAGGGGCAUGUCUACUGGCGGAUAAAAGGCUUAUACCGGACGCCGCGCCACAACAGCUAAAGUCUGUCUACACUGGACGCGACACAGCAACCGUUGAAAAUCAUUUGAAAUUUGUGUCAAUACGUCAUAAAUAGAACGCGGCAGCAGUUUACUGUUGGGGAUUUGUCAUGUCCCAUCCAGUGUAGACAGCAUAACUGAUUGUAACAAGUUAUAUAGUAUUUUGUCGUGCCGCGCCGCUGGAGAGAACUCAAGGAGCGGGAAGGCCUUGUGAUCGGAUGCCGAGGUUGCUUUGUUUCUUCUCGAUAGGCGAGUAACAUUGGUUUUGCCUUGUUUCACAGAACUAAUCGUUGCCUGGGUUGCGUACGUAUGUGUUGGGCGGAGCUAUCAACAUAGGGGCGAGACCCUUUUGGGGUAGGGGCGUGUUUGUUUUGGUGAUUUCAAAUAUCAACAUUGGCUACCAGAAAUCAC